GGGCGGGAGCGGCGCGGAGCGGGGAGCGGGCGGGCCGCGCUCCACCGCGCUCCUGCCGCGCCGCGUCCCACAAAAGUGCGGCGCUGCCGCGGCCGGGCCCAGCCCAGCCGCUUCCCCGGGCCGGAGGGGGCGCGGAGCAGCCGCCUGGUCGAGCCGUGCCGAGCCCAGCCGAGCAGAACCGAGCCGAGCCGAGCCGGGCCGGGCCGAGCCGCUGCGGGGGGCGCUGCGCCGCGCCGGGCUGGGUUUUUUAUUUCCAAUUUUUGAUCGCAGCUGCAUUUCCCUCCCCCCGCCCCCCCCCCCCUCCCCCCGCGCCGAGGAGGAGCCCCGGCUUUAUGUGGUGCUGCCCGGAGAGCGCUCGGCGGCCGUGAAGUUCUUUGUGUCGCCGUCGCCUUCUUUUUUUUUUUUUUUUUUUUUCUUUUUUUUUUUUUUUUUUUUUAAUGUAUAACUUCAUGGGUCUGAACAGCACGGCCGUAGCUAUUCAGCCCAAUGUGUCCUGCACAUGCAACUGCAAAAGGUCUUUGUUCCAGAGCAUGGAGAUCAGCACUGAAUGUUUAGGUCGCACCUUUCCAGGUAAACUGGCGGAGUUGGAGUUUGUACAGAUAAUCAUAAUCGUGGUGGUGAUGAUGGUGAUGGUGGUGGUGAUCACGUGUCUGCUGAACCACUACAAACUCUCUGCACGAUCCUUCAUCAGCCGGCACAGCCAGGGGAGGCGGAGAGAUGAGAACCUCUCAUCGGAGGGAAGCCUGUGGCCUUCGGAAAGCACCGUCUCGGGGAAUGGGAUCACAGAGCAGCAAAUCUACACCCCAAGACCCAGCGACCGCCUGGCAGUGCCCUCCUUCCUGCAGAGGGACCGCUUUAACAGAUUCCAGCCCACCUACCCCUACAUGCAGCACGAGAUCGACCUGCCCCCCACCAUCUCGCUGUCGGACGGCGAGGAGCCGCCCCCGUACCAGGGACCCUGCACGCUGCAGCUGCGCGACCCCGAGCAGCAAAUGGAGCUCAACAGAGAGUCAGUCCGGGCUCCCCCCAACAGAACCAUCUUUGACAGUGACUUGAUAGAUAACUCCGUGUACGGGGGGCCGUGCCCCCCCAGCAGUAACUCUGGCAUCAGUGCGACCUGCUAUGGGAGCAAUGGUAGGAUGGAGGGACCCCCCCCCACCUACAGCGAGGUGAUCGGGCACUACCCCGGGUCGACGUUUUACCAGCACCAGCAGAACAACAACGGGAUGCCUUCCAUCUUGGAGGGCAGCAGACUCCAUCAUUCACAAAUCAAUGGCCUUGAGAGCACAACUGCAUGGAACAAAGAGAAAGAGAAACAAAAAGGGCACCCCUUUUAAAAAAAUUGGAGGAAAAAAAAAAAAGGAAAAAAAGAAAAAAGGAAAAAAAGAAAGAAAAAAGCAAGAAAGUAAAUGAAACACUCUGCACUUCUCAUUAAAAGAAAAAGGAGAGAGAGAGUUGAGGAAGACGAGCAAAGAAAAAGAAAAGCCCUUCCCCAUCUCUCGUUGUAUAAAUAUUUACUUGUUAUGUCUGGUCUGAAUGCACAAGCCUACCAAGCUUGCAAAAACAUUUCUUUAUUGAGCUGUGUCUAGACGUUUAAAAAGGAAAAAAAAAAAAAUCAACUGUAGUCCAUUUUUUUUGUUUGUUCCUAAUUGAGCUGUGUGUGAAUGCUUUUUUUUUGUUUGAUUAUUUCACUUAUCUUUAAAGACAAAAUAUUUGCACAAAAAACAUUUUGUUUAAAGAUCUGCAAUAUAAAUAUAUAAAUAUAUAUUAAAAAUAAGAGAAAGUGUAUGUGUAAGGAGCAGGAGUAUUUUUGUAUUAGAAGAGGCCUAUUAAAAAAAAAAUUGUUUUCUGAACUAGAAGAAAAAUGGCAAUUUUUUUGAGUGCCAACUCAAAAAACGUGUAUUACAUUGUAAAAAAAACAAAAAAAAACAAAAACAAAAAAAUCAAAAGCAGGGGUUUAGAGUUAUUUAUAUAAAUGUUGAAAUUUUGCACUAUUUUUUAAUAUAAAUAUGUCAGUGCUUGUGUUGGUCAAAGCCUCUAUCAUGUCUACCAUGAACCUGUUAAGGGAUAUAUGUCGAAGUGAAGAACAAAGUAGCUGGAAGGGGGUGGACAAACGCGAAAGUGGAGAUGCCAGCCCUGGGAGGAGCGGUGAGCGAGACUGCAUCUUAUGCAAAUCCUUAAUUUCCAGAGUCCCUGCACGUGGCCACCGACUGUCACGGCUUUAAACAUUCCCUACAAAGCAGGAGGAGUUGGUGUGUGUCUGUGUGUCAGCCCGUAGGAUUAUUGGAGUAAAAAGGUAACAUAAAAACUCCCUGCUUCUGAGUGUGAGUAAAGACAGAAGCAGACAAAAAUUACUUGAUUUUUCUUUUCUUUUAAUUUUUUUUUUUUUUUUGACAACCUCUAACUUUUUGGAGGGGGGUGGUGGGGAUGAGAAUAAACUUCUGUGUCUGAAGGAACAAAGUGUUUUUUGGUUUAUUUCUUUCAAUGUUUGACUGAAGGGCCUAUUUGGAGCUAGAGUGAUGUUUGUGGAAGUUCAUGUGAGUCAACCAGGAGCACACCCCUCAGCUACCUUUCAGCUGGGGUUUAAGUAUUGCCUUGAAAGUAUGAGCUGAAAAGUGUGGUGGUGGUGAAAGCCAUUUUCAUUUUGUGUUAACCUCCCAAACCUCUAUUUGGGAUACAGGGGAGCCGUGUGUCUCGCAGCUCCACUGUCCCCUAGGCUGCCUCUGACCAUCAUGGUUAUUUACUUUAUUAUCCUAGCUGAAGAGGCGUUGGAUGCAGUCAGUGGAAAUGAAUCUGCUCCUGUGAUGUAUUAAUGAUUAAAGGCUAAAGAAAUAUGCUUAAUGCUUUAGAAGCAAAGCCCCUUUACCUCUUUUGAAGAUGUCCUCAUCCACAGCAGCACAGUCCCACCUGCCCUCCUGCCCGCUGGGCGUUGUGCGUCUUUAAUUUUGUCUUACUAUGCUAUUGUUUACAUUUUUAUAUUGUGUAGGUGUUUUACCCUCACGGUGAAUUUGUAUGUGGUGGGUUGAGCGAGAGAGAAACCCGAGAGCGUGCGCCAGAGAAAGCAAAAGGGAACAAACCUGUUCCUGGCCCCAUCUCCCCGGCUGGGAGAGCAUCUCUGAGCGUAAGGAAGGGUCGUUUGGGGAACCACAGAGAGUGAAGAUUUUACAAGGAGGUGUGAUUUCAUUUUCUGCAGGAUGCUAUCUAGUAGAGUGACAUAAAUGAAAGAUAUAACGGCAAUAAUUAUUGUUUUUAAGCAACUUUUCUAUUACUUGAAAAAAAAACAAACCAACAAACAACCAUGAGAACGGUUUUGAAGUUCUGACCAUUUGAACAAUAUUUAUAUAUAUUUUAAAGAAGGUGAUGAGUAGCUGAACUUGAAGUUUGAUCAUUAUUUUCUGCUUUUUUAAUUAUUAUUUUUUUGCCUAAAAAUAGUCCUGUACCUUCUCAAUAUCCAAACUGCUUUUCCACAGCUCUUGAAAUCUUCAUAGCUUUACAGUUGUGUAACCUAAAUUUUGAUGACCUAAAAAAAAAAAGCUACAAAAAAAAAAAAGUCACACAAAGGAAUAAAUCUAGUUUGUCAUGAAAGGUACAAAAGUGAUUAAUUUCUACGAGUUUUUAAAAUGUAUCUUUCCUUUAUGUAACAUGUCUAUUUAGUGCCUUAUUAAAGAAACAGUAACCCUCACUUUUUAAAGAGGAGGGGAAACAAAAUCAUCGUUAGCAUUACAAAGUUACCAGCAUCUGGUCUCUUGCUCCUUUGGACCUUGCAUUGUUUUCCAAUCCCUCCUGUCCCUGCAGCACUUCCCGGAGCAGCUCCCUGUGCCUGGUCACUCCAGCUACUCCCUGGGCCACUGUCCUGCUCUGACUGUUCGUAGGGCAACUUGAACACGUUUAUGCACAUUACCCUACCCAGGGAGGUAGGAAACUGUGGUGGACAUUGUAGACGAGAUACCAACCAAAAAGAGAAACAGAAAUAUACUAUCUACUGCCCUCUUGAGCCAAAAUGUGUGCAUAGUGUUGGGGUUGUUUUGUGGUUGGUUUGUUGUUGUUUUUUUGGGGUUGUUUGUGCUUGUUUGUUCUUUAAAAAAAAAAUAAAAAUUGGGGGGGGGAUUGAGUGUUCUGUGAUCUGAACUAGUUUGUUUGCUACAAAAAAAAAAACAAACAACAACAACAAAACUGGUUACCUCAGCAGGUUUUGGGUGGAAUAUGCAUGAUACGUCUAAAGCUGAGCAGGGUGUAAGGAGGUGUUGUGGAGACUGGAGGUUGUUAAGUAAUGGGAUUGUCUUGUUGUGUGGUGUCACCUGGCCACCAAAGCCCGUGGAGAGGUCAGGAAGGUGGAUAGGGUCUGGAAAGAUGCAGAGAGGGUCUAAAAAUGCAGUGCAAUUAAACCAAACUUUCAUGCUUUGAAGUCCUCAAAAUUUCAAGUGUUUCUCUAGGUUUCUUCCCCCUGUUUUGUUUCUCUCUCCCCAGCCCACUCCCACGGUGAGCUUUUAUUUCUCAAGCAUCACCCCGAGCAUCUGCAGUUGAGAGAUCAGUUUGCUGAGUUUCCUGAGCCCAGUUUCACUUACCUCUUUUCUCUAGUUUGAGGAAUUUAAUGAGUGUGAAACAGUGUGGCUCAUCAACACCUCUGUUGUAAACAUGUCUUUCAGUCCAUGCCAUGCACAGGCAAAAUCCAAGCUCCAGUCUCUCCCACUGCUGGUGUUGGGUCCCUGGGGAGCAGCUGCAGUCCCAGUGGGGAGGAGCCCUGGGUCCCAGGCAGCAGGUGCAACUUGAGUCCACCUUGAUGGAGCCAAGUUGUCACUUUUUGUCUUUCUUCUGUCCGUUCCUCUGUUUUGGGGUCCUGAGAACUGUGUAUUUCAAGUGCAGAUGCCAGAUCUGGGGCCCAGAUCAACUCCAAGUUCUGAAUGGGUGUUUAGAAAUAAUGGUCUGUUCUUUUUUAUUAUUGUUGUUGUUGUUAUUGUUAUUAUUAUUAUUAUUACUAUUUAAUGUUACUUUUUGCCUCGGGGUCCAUUUCUUCCCAAUUCCCAUGUCCCAUAUUGCCACCAAGGAGAGAGGUUGCUUUGCACACCCUUGCAGAUGUCUCUCCUGGUUUCCUUUGUGCAGCUCAGAAGAGAACUGUACUAGAAGCUGGGCUGUGGUCCUGCUCUGUAGGAGCCUCUAGUGUCUUGCAGCUGCCAGCAGAGAGAUUCAGGCCCCGUAAGAAUGAUUGAUUUGUAAAAAAAUACAGAAAAAACAAGGCAUUUCUAAUGCUCAGCAACCUCUUGUCCUAGCCUGCCUUUUUGCUCAAAGUUUUAAGAGUCACGUUAGCUUUAAAAGGGGUUGUAAAUCUUACAGAGUUUCUUAGCUUACAGCACAGCAAACAGCAUCCUUGAAGUGCCCCCAAGUCUUAAUGGCCUUGGCAUGGGAACGUGGCUUUGUCAGGGUGGUGAGGAAGGAGGGGUUUCAUUUGAGGCUGACACUGGUAAAACUUGUGUUCCCUUCACAACCCUCGAUUUCACCCAUUUGAAGCUUCAGCUUUACUAAUCUAGUGCGUUGUUUCCAUAAGUGUUACAGAAUUCAUUCUAUCUUAAGUGGGGGUAUAAGGAAAUCCAGUUGCUUUCUGGAGAAUCACCC